CGCUGCCCCAGCCGAGCUUUCGUCACGAGAACUCCUCUGCAGUGCGUUCCGAAGAAUUUCUCAGUCUGUUCUCUGACAAAUGUCUCUCUGGCAUUAAGGAGCCUCUGCUGACCUUUUCCCGACAAAGUGUUUCAGAUCAUUUGGCCAACAAGGAUAUGGAAAUCGGUGCUUUGAGAGAACACAUCGAACGACGGGAUCAUGAGUUGGAGGCAACCUCUGCUGAGAAUGAAGCCUUGCGUCUCAGACUCCAGGACCUCGAGGACACUGCCCUCUGCGACCACGAGGAUUUCCAAGAGAGUCGUCAUAAUUUGACCAGUCUCUGGGAGCAUUCGCAAGAUGAAACAGAGCUGGUUCGCUGUGAAUUGGAGAAGUUGGAGGCCGAAUCGGCGACAGCGAGAGGAUUCUUCGAACGCUGGGGUCCCUCCUUGAUACAAAUGGGCAAUUUCG